AUGGCUCAGUUGGCAGGGGCAGAUGAAAUAGAGUCUUUCCGGCUCGAGUUAGCGGAGAUUGGGAGGGGCAUAAGAUCCUCGUUUCGAAGCCACGCCUCGAGUUUGCGAAGCACCACCACUGUCAAUGCCGAAGGAGACAAUGAUGAAGGUUGUGUUGGUGAUGAAGAACAUGACUUGCAUUGGGCUGCAGUUGAGAGACUGCCCACUUUUGAGAGGAUUACGACCGCUCUUUUCGAUGAUUAUGAUGGCGAGUCAGCGAAAGGAGAUGCCAAGGGGAGACGGGUGGUCGAUGUUACCACGCUUGGAGGGCAAGAACGGCGUGUUUUCAUAGAGAAGCUCAUCAGACACAUUGAGAAUGAUAACCUUCAACUACUGCAGAAGAUUAAACAGAGAAUCGACAAGGUUGGGGUGAAGUUGCCCACGGUGGAAGUGAGAUAUGAGAAUCUCUGUGUGGAAGCAGAGUGUAAGGUAGUUCAUGGCAAGCCCCUGCCCACUCUAUGGAAUGCUCUAAAGGGUAUGAUUUUGGGCAUCGCAGAACUGCCAGGUUCAAAAACACGCAAUGCCAAGAUAAGCAUCCUUGAAGAUGUCAGUGGAAUUAUUAAGCCGGGAAGGAUGACCUUAUUGCUUGGCCCUCCGGGUUCUGGAAAAACCACGUUUUUGAUGGCACUCGCAGGGAAGCUAAGCCAUUCUCUCAAGGUUUCCGGUGAACUAUGUUACAAUGGUCAUGGACUAGAAGAGUUUGUUCCUCAGAAAACCUCAGCUUAUGUAAGCCAACAGGAUGUGCAUAUUCCAGAGAUCACCGUGAGGGAAACACUCGAUUUCUCUGCCUGUUGUCAAGGUGUAGGAAGCCGACCUGAGAUUAUGAUGGAAGUCAGUAGAAGGGAAAAGCAGGCAGGAAUAGUCCCAGAUCCGGACGUAGAUGCUUACAUGAAGGCUACAUCUGUUAAGGGACUGAAAAAUACACUUCAAACUGAUUAUAUUCUUAAGAUACUUGGUCUUGAUUUUUGCGCUGACACAUCGGUAGGAGAUCCCAUAAGAAGAGGAAUAUCCGGUGGCCAGAAGAAGCGGUUGACUACAGGGGAGAUGAUCAUUGGACCUGCAAAAGCUCUGUUCAUGGAUGAAAUAUCUAACGGCUUAGAUAGUUCCACCACUUUCCAACUCGUAUCUUGCCUUCAGCAUUUCGUGCAUAUCUCAGAUGCUACCGCGUUGAUUUCACUUCUUCAGCCUGCACCGGAGACAUUUGAUCUCUUCGAUGAUAUUGUCUUAAUGGCAGAAGGGAAGAUUGUGUUUCACGGGCCAAGAACUUCAAUUGAAUUUUUCGAGGAGUGUGGGUUUAAGUGCCCAGAAAAAGGUGUUGCUGACUUCCUUCAGGAGGUUAUGUCUAGAAAAGAUCAAGUGCAGUAUUGGGACAGCCCUCAACCUUACAGCUACGUUUCGGUCGAUCAGUUCAUUAAGAAGUUCAAGGAUGGACAUCUAGGCAGGCAGUUAAACGAGGAGCUCUCGAAGCCAUUCGAUAAGUCUCAAAGCCACAAGGAUGCUCUAUCCUUUAGAAAAUACUCAUUACCUAAAUGGGAACUUUUUAAGUCCUGCACAAGGAGGGAAUUUCUUCUGAUGAAAAGAAAUUCUUUUAUUUAUGUUUUCAAAUCAGUUCAGCUAGUCAUUAUUUCUUCAAUAACAAUGACCGUUUUCCUCCGGACUCGAAUGGCUAUCGACAUGAUCCACGCAAAUUAUUAUAUGGGCUCUUUAUUCUACGGACUCAUCAUACUUCUCGCUGAUGGAUUCCCGGAAUUGUCAAUGACUGUCUCAAGAAUUGUGGUUUUCUACAAACAGAAGGAGUUGUGUUUUUAUCCUGCUUGGGCUUAUGCAAUCCCAGCUGCCAUCCUAAAGGUUCCGCUAUCGUGCUUGGAGGCUUUUGUUUGGACUGCUCUUACAUACUAUGUUAUCGGUUACACCCCUGAGGUUGGAAGGUUCUUUCGCCAGUUCCUUCUACUCUUCGCUAUGCACCUAACAUCAAUAUCCAUGUUUCGAUUUAUUGCUUCGGUUUUUCAAACUGUGGGUGCUGCUAUGACAGCUGGUACUUCAGCAAUACUGUCUGUUUUACUAUUUGGUGGUUUUGUUAUACCAAAAUCAUAUAUGCCGGCUUGGAUGAAGUGGGGAUUUUGGGUUUCUCCCUUGACCUAUGGGGAGAUAGGAUUAACAGUUAACGAAUUCCUAGCGCCCCGAUGGGAAAAGGUUUAUGGAAACACAACUCUCGGUCAACAAGUACUCGAAAGCCGUGGAUUAAACUUUGAAGGCUAUUUCUAUUGGAUAUCACUUGGCGCGUUAGUAGGGUUCACGGUAUUAUUCAAUGUUGGUUUCACCUUAGCUUUGACUUUCUUGAAGUCUCCCGGAAGGCCGCCUGCUAUUAUUUCUUACGACAAGUAUCAUGAACUGCAAGGAAAAGGAGACAGAAAAACCGAUACAGAUACAGAGCAGAAACCCACUAGUGCACCUAACACGACUGCAGAAGCCAAGAAGGGGAGGAUGGUUUUACCAUUUGAGCCCCUAGCAGUAGCAUUUCAGGAUGUACAAUACUAUGUUGACACUCCGCAGGAAAUGAGAAGGCGGGGCUUUACGCAGAGAAGGCUUCAGCUCCUAUCUGAUAUUACAGGUUCUUUCGGGCCAGGUAUUCUAACGGCAUUAAUGGGAGUCAGCGGGGCUGGGAAAACAACUCUCAUGGAUGUUCUUUGUGGAAGGAAAACUGGUGGUACCAUUGAAGGGGAGAUAAGAAUUGGAGGGUACCCUAAGGUUCAAGAUACAUUUGCUAGGGUAUCAGGCUACUGUGAGCAAAAUGACAUACAUUCUCCACAAAUAACUGUCGAAGAAUCAGUCGUAUAUUCUGCUUGGCUGCGCCUCCCUUCUCAUAUCGAUUCUAAUACUAAAGCCGAAUUUGUAAAGGAGGUCCUCGAAACUAUUGAGCUAGACGGGAUUAAAGAUUGCUUAGUGGGGAUGGCAGGAGUAAGUGGUUUAUCAACUGAGCAGCGUAAACGGCUUACCAUAGCUGUGGAAUUUGUUGCCAAUCCAUCGAUCAUGUUCAUGGAUGAACCAACUUCAGGUUUAGAUGCACGGGCAGCUGCUAUUGUCAUGAGAGCAGUGAAAAAUGUUGCUGCAACGGGAAGAACGGUUGUUUGCACCAUCCAUCAACCAAGCAUUGAUAUUUUCGAGGCAUUUGAUGAGUUGAUUCUGAUGAAAAGCGGGGGACGCAUAAUCUAUUGCGGUCCACUGGGGCAGAACUCAAGCAAGGUCAUUGAGUACUUCGAGAGUAUUCCCGGGGUGCCCUCAAUUAAAGACAAUUAUAAUCCAGCGACAUGGAUGUUAGAAGUUACUUCAAAAUCUGUGGAAUCUGAGCUCGGUAUAGAUUUUGCGCAAAUAUAUAGGGAAUCCGCCUUGUAUGGGACGAACAAGGAUUUAGCCAAGCAAUUGUGUUCACCAUCUCCUGGUUCAAACGAAAUGCAUUUUGCUACUCGUUUUCCACAGAACGGUUGGGGGCAGUUCAAAGCUUGCCUGUGGAAACAGAACUUGUCUUAUUGGAGAAGUCCUUCAUAUAAUCUGACACGCAUAAUAUUUAUGUUUUGCGCAUCUCUGCUGUUUGGAAUACUGUUCUGGGAUCAAGGAAAUAAAAUAAAUAGCCAGCAAGACCUCUUCAAUAUGUAUGGUUCAAUGUUCUGUGCAGUAAUAUUCUUUGGCAUAAACAAUUGCUCAACAGUUCUACCAUACGUUGCCACAGAGCGGAAUGUUCUAUACCGAGAAAGAUUUGCAGGAAUGUUCUCUUCAUGGGCCUACUCGUUCGCACAGGUACUGGUUGAGGUUCCUUACUUGGUCACUCAAGCAGUUAUUUAUGUUGCGAUCACAUACCCAAUGAUCGGCUACCAGUGGUCUGCCUACAAGAUAUUUUGGUCAUUCUAUAGCAUGUUCUGCAUACUACUAAGCUUCAAUUACCUAGGAAUGCUGAUAGUGUCGUUGACACCAAAUGUUCAGGUGGCCGCGAUCGUGGCUUCAGCUUCGUACGCAAUGCUGAACUUGUUUUCCGGGUUUGUCCUUCCAAGGCCGCACAUACCGAAGUGGUGGCUCUGGUUGUAUUAUUUAACCCCUACAUCAUGGGCCCUAAACGGAAUGCUUACCUCGCAGUAUGGAGAUAUGCAGAAGGAAAUCCAGGCGUUCGGAGAGACUAAAACUGUCGCUGCCUUCCUAGAAGAUUACUUCGGGUUUGACUACAACCUUUUAGGCCUUGUUGCUGCUGUUUCUAUUCUCCUCCCCAUUGCGUUUGCUUCUCUUUUCGCAUACUUCAUUGGAAAGUUAAACUUCCAGAGGAGGUAGAGAAGUUGAGGAUUUUUGUCUGGAUCUUGCAGAUAUAUGUAUGAAUAAUGUAUACUUGUCAAUAAAUUAUUUCAAUCAUAUUUCAUUGGAAUCACCAUUUACAAAAUUUGUACUAACUUUCCAGUCGAAAAUAGGACGGGUUUCGACAAGUAUCGAACGGCUAAGAUAUAUUUAUCAAAAUUUGUACGGUUUAGUACUA